AUGGAGAGCACGGAGGACAAAUGCCCCCCGCAGAACCUGGUGGGAGAGGCUGUUUUGAAGGGCUCCCCGGCGCAGGAAGGCAGCGGGGAGGAAAAAGCCAGGACAUCUCCCCGGAGGAGGGGCUCCAAAGCCAGCCCAGGGUGCUCCCAGGAGGAAAGACUCAGCCUGUGCCAGGAAGGCAGCCGGAGCUUGAGCCAGAGCUCCAAGCUGGUGGUCCCUGAGCAGCCUCCCAGCAGGGAGAAGCCCUUCAGGUGCUUGGAAUGUGGGAAGAGCUUCAGUCAGAGCUCCAAGCUCCUCACCCAUCAGCACAUCCACACUGGGGAACGGCCCUACCCGUGUGGGGAAUGUGGGAAGAGCUUCAGGAACACUGGCAACCUCCUCAUCCACCAGCGCAUCCACACUGGGGAACAGCCCUACUCGUGUAGGGAAUGUGGGAAGAACUUUAACCAGAGGUCCAACCUUCUCACUCACCAGCGCAUCCACACUGGGGAAUGUCCUUACACAUGUGGGGAAUGUGGAAAGAGCUGCAGGACCAGUGGCAACCUCCGCAAACACCAGCGCAUCCACACCGGGGAGCGGCCCUACAGGUGUGGGGAAUGUGGAAAGAGCUUCACUGACAGCUCCAGCCUCCACAUCCACCAACGCAUCCACACUGGGGAGAGGCCCUACUCAUGUGGGGAGUGUGGGAAGAGCUUCACCAACAGCUCUCACCUCCACGUCCACCAGCGCUCCCACCUCCCCACCCACAUUGGGGAACGACCCUACAAGUGCUGGCAAUGUGGGGACAGGUUUCAGACCAGCUCAACUCUCCUCGAGCAUGAGCGGACGCACACAGAUGAGAGGCCCUUCCACUGCACCGACUGCGGGAAGGAGUUCAAACGCAAUUCCCACCUUGUCACCCACCGGCGCAUCCACACCGAGGAGAGGCCCUACAAGUGUGGGGAGUGUGGGAAGAGCUACACCCAGAGGUCUGGCUUGACCAGACACCAACAGACCCACCAGUAAGGAAGCCCUAUUAGUGCCCCGACUGCAGGAAAUGCUUUGGCCACUGCUUCCACCCCGAAUGAACCCCCUGGUGCUGAGGCAACCCCUGGAGUCCAAUGACUGUCAGUCCAUCCCUUUCGACCACAAAGGACCAGUCCCCUUUCCCAGGGGCAGGUUCUUCCAACAGAACCCUUCUUGGGGGGUGUGGAGAUUCCUGCCUUGGCUGGGGACCCCCCAAGGUCAGUCCUGGAGGUUGAGAGCAGAGGUCUCCCAUGAGCGUUGGUCUGGGGGAGUUACAUCCAUUUGUAAUUAAGAAUUCUUGCUUUUGUGCCAGCUUUAGUAGAAUUGCUUCAACAAUUGCUUUAGGGUAGAUCACUGCUCUAUCUUAUCCUGUACUCCUGGUAGUUUUAGUGUUUAUAUUGUGCAGUAAGUAAUUCUGAUGAAGAUCUUUUGUCUGAUCAUUUGGUGCCCUAAAUAAUUCCUUUCUAUCGGUAGAUCUGAUUUGCCAUCAUUAAAACCUGGGGGACAAAAGUGGUUCAGUCACACCUCUGUAAUUCCUCUAAACUGAAAGUGUUGGCAUAAUCCAAGGCUGAGGUUGGAUCCAGCAGCCCCCAGCACCCCACAGGAAGUCGAGAACUCAGGGGGGCCACCCCCCUUUCCCAA